GUAAGGAAAUCAGGGCGUUUCAGUUCACGAGACUUGGACACGUGGUCGGAUUUGUGACUGGGCUUGUCAAUCAUUAACGUCAUCACGUAACCUCUACGCACUCCGCCCCAUUGAGAAGCGUUUCCGCCAAGAUGGUUGUUGGUGCCUUCCCUAUCGCCAAGCUCCUCUACCUCGGAGUGAGGCAGUUGAGCAAGCCUGUGGCUAACCGGAUAAAAGCUGGAGCCCGGAGGAGCGAGUUCUUUAAAACUUACAUUUGCCUGCCGCCGGCACAGAUUUAUCACUGGAUUGAGAUGAGAACAAAGAUGCGGAUCAUGGGCUUCAGGGGAGCCACCAUUAAGCCGCUGAACGAGGAAGCGGCAGCAGAGCUGGGCGCCGAGUUACUGGGGGAAUCAAUCAUCUUCCUCAUUGGUGGUGGAUGCAUGGUGUUAGAGUACAGCAGGCAGGCGGCUAACUCUCGCCGUAAAGAGGAAGAGCUGAACGAGACCCUCAUAAGCCUACAGACGCAACUAGCAGAAUUAUCCCUAACGACAGAGACUCUAAGUGCGCAGCUGAGAGAGGUCAACAGGCAAAUGCUGUCAUUUCCUGUUCCCACCAAAAAGUAACAAAUUUAGUUGUUUGCUAUACAGCAAGGCACAAUGUCAGGUUGUGGGAUGAAGGAGUGAGUGCAGGUGUACAUGUACAGCCUCAUAGCUUUGAGCUGGGUGGAAGAGGUUGAUAUAAGUAUAUCACUGCAAUGCGGAUUUGGGUGCUAUUGUUUGCUCGUGUUCUGAGCAACUAGUUGUAAAAAAAGGAAUUGCUAUGAUAUUCAUAGUGAAUUUCACUGGCUGACCUUGUAUGUUCAUUGUAAAGUUGACUGAGUGUAUAUAAAAACUUACAGUACAAUAAAGUGGUGACCUUAAAGUUGAUAUAUACAUAUA